UGAGGCCCGUGGCUUAGUGCUUGGGAAGGCCGCGAGAGGCUUUUUGGUUUUGUUUUUCUGGUUUGUUUUUUUUUUUUUCCCUCCCCGUUUUAACAUCGAUGGGAGGGGAUCGGGGACUCGAGGGCGGCGGUAGUUGGCAGGCUCCAGGCCAGACUGGUUAAAUGACCAGGAGUGUUCCCUCCACAGCCGCGAGGAGGGGCUGUCUGGCUGUUUGCCUGCUUCCAUGUUCCUUGCUAAGUGUGCUUUGGAUAACAGCAGAUAAUCGCCAGGAUGGGAGUGAAUGACUUGUGGCAGAUUUUGGAGCCUAUAAAGCAGCAUGUCCACUUGCAGGAUCUUAGUGGGAAAACCAUUGCCGUUGACUUGAGUCUCUGGGUGUGCGAGGCACAGACAGUGAAGAAAAUGAUGGGAACUGUCAUGAAGCCCCACCUCAGAAACCUGUUCUUUCGUAUUUCAUAUUUGAUUCAAAUGAAUGUCAAACUGGUGUUUGUAAUGGAAGGGGAGCCACCAAAGCUGAAAGCUGAUGUCAUGAGCAAGAGGACUCAGACUCGUUAUGGGCCUUCUGGAAAAACCUGCUCUCAGAAAACAGGGAGAUCACAUUUUAAGUCAGUCUUACGAGAGUGCCUAGAAAUGCUCGAGUGCCUAGGAAUCCCCUGGGUCCAGGCUGCUGGGGAAGCUGAAGCCAUGUGUGCUUACCUUAAUGUCACAGGCCAUGUGGAUGGCUGCCUCACCAAUGAUGGUGAUGCUUUCCUGUAUGGAGCCCAGACUGUUUACAAGAAUUUCACUAUGAACACAAAGGAUCCACAUGUUGACUGUUACACAGUAUCAUCUAUCAAGAGUAAGCUAGGCUUGGAUCGCGAUGCCCUGGUUGGACUGGCGGUACUUCUUGGGUGUGAUUAUCUUCCAAAGGGAGUGCCUGGAGUUGGAAAAGAGCAAGCAUUAAAACUUGUGCGGAUUUUAAAAGGUCAAAGUUUGCUUCAGAGGUUUAACCAGUGGAUUGAAGAACCUUGCUCCUCUAUUCCACAACCAGCAGCUAAAAAAGUGGCUCACUGCUCUGUGUGUUCCCAUCCAGGUUCACCUAAGGAUCAUGAACGUAAUGGAUGCACAUUAUGUAAAAGUGAUAGAUACUGUGAACCGCAUGAUUAUGAAUACCGCUGUCCUUGUGAAUGGCACCAGACAGACCAUAAUAGGCAACUAAAUGAAGUAGAAAACAAUAUUAAAAAGAAAGCUUGCAGUUGCAAAGGAUUUCCAUUCCAUGAGGUCAUCCAAGAAUUCCUUUUGAAUAAGGAUAAAAUGUUGAAACCCAUCAGGUACCAAAGACCUGAUUUAUUAUUGUUUCAGAGAUUUACCAUUCAAAAAAUGGAGUGGCCCAAUCACUAUGCAUGUGAGAAAUUGUUGAUGCUUUUGACCCGCUAUGACAUGACAGAAAGAAAACUUGGGAGAAAGAGCUCUAGUCAACUACAGCCAAUUAGAAUUGUUAAGCCUCGAAUCAGAAAUGGAGUUCAUUGUCUUGAAAUAGAAUGGGAAAAGCCUGAACAUUAUGCUGUGGAAGACACAGAGGCUGGGGCACUGGAUCUCCUUACCAUCGAAGAAGCAUCCCUGUUUGAAGCAGCCUAUCCUGAGGUGGUUGCUGUCUACCAGAAACAACAGUUAGAAAGUCAAGGGAAGAAGCAGAAGAGUGUGAAAGUUAAGCCUAAAGGAAACAGUUUACCAGAAUCAGAUAAUACAGUCAGUUCUCAAUCACUUAUGACUUUAAAACCUACAUGUGAAGUCUUCCCCAAGCAUAAUCCCAAAAUUAGUUUGGAAAUUUCUCCAGAUCUUAUUUUACUACAGGAAUCUACUUCUCCCCCGUUGAGUAGUUUUCUUUUCUCAAAGAAUGCUCCCUGUUUGAAUUUGCAAGAACGUUUCAUGCCUUCUGCAAGACCUUUGGCUGGAAAGCAAACUAAAGAUGUCAGUAAUUUUCUAGAUUCAGAGAGUAGUCAGCCCAGCUCUUCAUCCCCUAAUAGUUCUGUGAUUGCUAAUCUUCAGUUGAGUACCAUUGACUGGGAAGCGACUUCUUUUAGUAAUUCUCCAGCUGUUCAAAAACACACUUUGUCUCAAGAUUUACAAUCAGAACUUGAAUCAUCAGCCAUCCUUCCUGGCUUUGAAAAUACCCCAGAACAAUUGUCAUACAAAUCAGAACAAUGCACCACAAACACUGAAGUGUGGGGUAGAGAUCUUCAAAAGAUUAGUCCUGAAGAACAUCUGCUUCCUGAAGUCACUGGUUUAUGUCUUCAUGAUGUGCCUCUAAAGGAACGAAUACAUAUAAAAUCCUCAUGCCCUCAGUAUAAUGUACAAGCAAAUGCUAGCCUGGAAAGUUUGCCCCUAAAAGUAAAAGGCUCUUGUAUUACUGACAGUGGUUCUGUUUGUUUAUCAAAUUUCUCAAAGGAAUUUCCAGGAAUAAAUCUGCAUAACGAGUCCAAAAGCUUGAAAGUACUAGACGACCAACUCCUUCGAGACAAUUCUACGGUGAAUACUUCCAUACCUUACUCAUUUGAUGACAAAGUAGUAAAGACCUCCAGUCUUCACAUUGGACCCCCAAAUACUGCUCUACCUCAUAAUCUAAAAGUUGAUGAGAAAACUACUAAGAACCUUGUGAAGAAUAGUGUUUGCCUCAAGAGAGAUUCCUCAGAUGAAGAAAGUGCUCCAGUGUCCUGGAACGCUCAGUAUGCUGCUCCAAAAAUGAAACACAGUUCUCAGAAGCAUAGCCUAGCCCAGGUCAGAAACAGCAGUCACAGCAAACUCAGCAAUCACAAAGUAGACACGAAAGAAACCAAACUGUGCUCAAAGUCUUCUACAACAGCUGAGGGUGAAGAAAACUGGUUCUCAGGUCCAGCAAAAAGGACUCAGACUUCUCUACAGUAUCGUAAAAAGGAUGAGGACUCCACUGCCUGCAUGGAAAGUCCUCUCCCUUUAUGCCAGAGGUUAAAACUCAGAUUCCAGAACACUGGAAGUAGAUUUGAUAAUACUUAAGUUUAAUUUAUUUGGGUGUUGUCAGCAUUAGCAGAAGCCAGGCAAUGCUGCCUAGUUUAUGUUUGGUAGGAAAUUUACAUGAUUAUGUGCCAUUUUAAUCAAAAUUGUAACUUAAGAUGGUAACAGCCAUGUAUGAGUCAUGCCUAUACUCACAGCACUUAGGAGGCUGAUGGAGUCUAGAGGAUCAGGAGUUCAAGGUCAUCCUCUGGUAUGUGGAGAGUUUCAGGCCAAUCUGAGUUCUCUAAGGAAGACAAAAAUUAAAACUUUGAUUACAAAAUAUGAUGACAGCUUAAAAUAAUGUAUUUUUGGGUUUGGGGAUUUAGCU